UAAACAAGCCACAUGUCAUAAAAAAAAACUCCUAUUUUCUCAACAUAUUUAGAAGCAUAAACACACAAACUUAUCAUGGAAACAGAAGAUUAUUUCGGUUAUCAAUUAAGGCGUAUCGGAAGUCCAGCAACCUUGGUGAACAUCCGUGAUACCGUCAGAUUUGAUAAAGAGCUGGUCACAAUUGGCCGUCACGUUGAGAGUGACUUGUACUUAGACUCGGCAGUUUUGAAGAACUUUAUCUCGCGGAGGCAAGCGGACGUGCUACAUUCAGGUGAUGAGUAUAUUUUGAGAGAUUAUGGCCUAAAUGGGAGCUAUGUUAACGACAAGAGGGUGAAUGGGAGACAAGUGUUGCGGGAGGGUGAUGUCGUCAAGUUUGGUCACACGCAGGGAAAAAAUGUUGAGAAAGGUGCCUUUGCUCCACAGUCAACGAUGGAGUUUACCUUUGUUUUUGAGAGAGCAUCAUCAUCAGGAGUCAAACAGGAGCAGACGUUUUGCUCACAGAACAAUCCCUUUUAUUUGUAUCCAACAGUGCCUCAAAAAUCAAUUUUGAAAGCAGCUGGCUCACCGGGACCUCUUAAGCCAAUGACGCAGAACGUUUCUGGUAAAGAAAACAAGGAAUACACGCAUAGCAUUUCCAAUAUACUGAAAGAUGCGCAGACUUUGAACAUGUAUGACGUUCCGUCUGCUGAGAACGGUAUGAUAGUAGAUUCCCAGGACGGUGUUGACGGCGAUUCUAGUCUGAGCUCUCCAAUGGAGGAGAUAUCCUGUCAGUUGUCGACGCAUCUGAAGUCAAAUAAAGCGACCCAAAGAACCAUCGAGUUUCCCCGAGUUACGAAACUUGCGACGUCCAGCCCGACAAUACCACUUAUUGGUCGCAAUGGAGAAACUCCGACGGAUAUUAUCUGUAGCAGAGGUUACCAGCCACGUCGCUUGUUGCCCGAUACGCCACCUGUUAAUCCAGUGUUGAACUUCAUAACAGCGUCUAUGGGAAUUCCGCCGUUGAAGACGCGGACGGAUUUCAACUCGCCGAGCGAUCAUGGUCGGAAUGAUGCGUCAGAUUUUACAACAGAUAAUGAUGAUGACCUAGCUAAUCUUGCCGCCAAUGCCGUGAACCACUUCGACAGUGAUGAUGACAUCUUUGAUGCAGAAGCUGAUGUUACUCCGAAACCUGCUACGAACAAAAACAGCAUCGAAUCGAAACCAGACCUAGUCAUCAUGUCGCCGCAGGACCUCCUCGUGCAAGUUCGUGCCAAGCUCAGUUCAAUCGAAAACAAACUCUCUACUCAUAACGUGUCACACUCGCCGUUCGGGAAGUCUCCGGAACUGCGAGGACAGAGGCUAAGUUUCUCUUCGCCGCAAAGCUCAGAUAGCACUCAGGGACAUGAUAGGCAGACGUCAGAUGUAAACAUUGUGCCUUUGUUUGCGAAACAGUCAAUGUCGCCUGCUACAAAACAAAUUGCACUGUCUGCCUCAAAUCAACAACUUUCGUCCGCUUUCAACCGAGGAAAUACUGGAAGUGGUGAUGUAUCGUCACAAACUGCAGCAUCGGGAAGUCUUCAGCAAGAUGAUACGGUCGUCGAAGGUUCGAGGACGCUCAACGACAAUUCGCCUGAUUUUACUGCGCGAUUAUUAUCUGCUGAAGCAUUGCUGUCGCCAGAUUCAGUAAAGUCGGAUCUCCCUGCUGUUGCACAGCCGACACUGGAUAAAUUGUGGUCAACGCCUACUUUGUCCGUACCCCCACUGGUCCAACGGAGCGCUCAAGUGCAGAAGAUUACGCCAGAACCGGUCCAACAGAGUGCUCAAGUGCAGAAGAUAAUGCCAGAACCGGCCCAACGGAGCACUCAAGUGCAGAAGAUUAUGCCAGAACCGGUCCAUCGGAGUGCUCAAGUGCAGAAGAUUACGCCAGAACCAGUCCAACGGAGCGCUCAAGUGCAGAAGAUUACGCCAAGUCUAGUAGCAGUGUCUAAAUCAUCUCAGAGAAACUCCAAGAGGAAAUUGACCCAAAGUUCAGCCAAUGCUAAGAAAAAAACAGCUCGGUCAUCUGGCGGAACGAAGUCGUCGGCCUCCAAGACGAAGAAGAGGAAAGUUCAAGAAGAGGUGGAGGAGGACCCCAAGUACGACUUUCAGUGCGACUCCUUCGACUGUAUCAGGCCAGACGACCCACUCAUUACAUGGGUUCAGUGCGAUGAUUGCGAUAAGUGGUACCAUACGUCGUGCGUCGGUUGCCGUUAUGAACAAGUGCAGAAUGAACAUACCGAGUUUCAUUGUGGAUGCCGCUAGCAAUAUUGUACGUUUGGUGAUGAAUGUCACUACACUAAGUCCAAAACGAAUGGAGUUCCAUUGUAGAUGUCGCUUGCAGUGUGGAUGUUUCGUGUCAGUUGCCGUGAUGGACAAGUCCAUACCGAGUUUCAUUGCGGGUGUCUCUAACUAUAGCGGACAUUUUGUGAUGGAUGCCACCAUAUUCAGGAUGUCGCUUGCAUGCAGAGAUGUGUCACUUGUUGCUACGACCAAAUCCAAAACAAACUAGCCGAGUUUCAGUGCGGAUGACGCUAACAAUAUCAUGUGUUUUUGAUGAUACUGCUACGAACGAGUCCCAAAUGAACACGCUAUUAAGUUCCACUGACUGUGGAUGACGCUAACAAUUGACUCGGAACUGUAUGGUCAGCUUUUGCUGAGCGAUGAACAAUAAAUGAUAUCAUGAUUUUGUGUAUCAGAGGUGUCAGAUGCUGACAAUGAUGAAUAUGACUAUGAACAGGUCCAGAACAAGCAAAUGUUGUCACCAGACCCGUUCCCAACCUGGCUUAGAAAAUUUCUUUUCUAUCUUUGAUUAUUUUUGAAGUUUAUAGCAAACUGUUGACUUGAGACUUGUGUAUUGAUUUCAGAAAGUUUCUGACCAUGUGAUAGGAAUCACGAUAUUUUUGCCUUUCUGUAAAUAGUUGAGAUUUUCUCUGUAAAGUUGCUUUUGUUUUAUAAGAUUUUAUAAGUGUGACGUGUCACUAAUAGUCUUAACAGCGUGAAUACAAGCUGGCUAUCACCAGGGUAUUGCACUAUUCUGACCGAGAUGCGACGUAAUUUUUGUGUCAGUUUUGACAUCACUUUGGCUGUCAUGGUAGAAUUUUUGACGCAUACCCUAGUGAAAAUCUGCGCCAUCUUUUGAGCGGCUGAUACCCUUUAGGACAAAGGGCUAGAUACUAGUUCAGUAGUUGUACAAUAUCAUAGUUUAAAAUGUUGAUGUACCGGUAAGUCAGUAUUGUUUAUAAAUGUGACUUAGUAAUGCAAUUGUCAGUAUGUAUCUUAUUCCCCCCUCCCCAGGGUAGACAAGCGUAACCACCUUUGACUUGUGUUCUGUCAUUUGUGACCCAUCACAGCUAAACAAGGCGCAUGUCGCACAGAAGAUGAGCCUUAAUCACACCAGGAGACAAUGGAAGAAAUUGAUGUGCUCAGCUUUCCUAAAAGGCAGACAGUACGGGGUAAUAUGAACAACCAGUCCACCUCAACCUGCCAAGCUCAGAGUGACAUGUGCCUCAUUUUGCUCUGAUGAGUCACAUUUUAACAAGU